CCAAGCUUUACUAUGGAACAAAGAAGUCAAGCGAACACGGUUGGAUUGGACGACACAUACGAAGUACAGUGUAUUAUGCAGCGAACAUUUCGAAAGAUCAUGUUUCGAAGAGGGUCCCUUGCGAAUGGCAGAAAUGGGAAUCAGCACUCGUCGACUCGUGCUGAAGAAAGGUGCGAAGCCAACUAUUUUCAAUAGACCACGGACAAGUCCGGAGCACCCGACCCCCUCCACAAGCGGACAGACUGGGCACAUGAGGUCUGCAUUUGCCAAAAGGGAAAGGAAGAGGACAAUAGAUCAGAUCAUGGACAGUACGACUACGGCAUCAGUGGCGGAUGCGGUGGAUGAACCAAUGGCAAUGGCACUAGAUUUGCCUGAUGAGGAGGGCGAUCAAGAUCAGGGAAAUACAAGAGAACAAGGAUGCCAGACGGACUGGGUACCGAUUGGGACAGCACCAACAGCAAUGACCAGUAGCAAGAGCACCCAAACAGGGAAAAUACAUCAUAGAUCAAAGGGACACCAGGUGACCCCAGAUAUCCUCGAGAGGGUUAGAGCUCGGCCGGCCAGGGUUAGUGAAGUCCCAUUGUCAAGUGUAGCAGCUCCAUCUGACAGCCCCGAGAUGCAGACUAACAUAGCAGCUCCAGGUGUGUCUGGAAUGCAAGCCAAGCUACGACCACCUCCUGCAUUGUUUGAUGAAGGACCAGCAUCAAGUCCCACUGCGCCUUUUGUUGGUGGUUCUUCCGAUGACAGCUAUGUGCCGAGUGAGUCAACGACAUCGGAUCCGUGUCAAUCUGACGGGUCGCCAGAUCGCCCAUGUACUCACCAGAUGCAUGAAGAGGGCUGCCACAAGGAACCGAAGUACAUCAUCUUUGAGUCGUGCCUCCAGAGUCUCGUCAAGUGGUGUCACUGUCCAGUCUGUGGCAGCCAGGACAUAAGCCCUUCUUGGGAUUCGAACGGUACACAGCUGACCAUGACUCUUCAAUGUGCAUCAUGUGACCAGAGGAGUAGUUGGAGCAGCCAGCCAAACAUUGGCCCUUAUGCCGCGGGCAACAUCCUGCUGUCUGCUGGCAUCCUCUUCGCUGGGGCAUCUUCUGGCAAGGUGUUGCAAGUGCUGAACAGCAUCGGAGUGGUCACGUAUGUGAAGAGGACAUUUUUCAACCACCAGGAGCUCAUCCUGCAGCCAGCCAUCAAAAAGGUGUGGGAGGAACAGCAACGGACGCACCUCACCAUGCUGCAGGUGGAAGGCCGACCCCUCGUCCUUGGUGGUGAUGGGCGAGCAGACAGUCCGGGACACAGCGCCAAGUUCGGUACCUACACCACAAUGGAGCUUGUGGCCAAUGUGGUUCUCGACCUUCAGGUUGUACAGAGCAACGAAUGUCUUGGCAGCUACCAUAUGGAGAUGGAAGGACUGAAGAGGAUGGUGGAACUGCUGAUCAGCUGGGACCUGGAUGUCGGGGUGCUGGUGACAGACAGACACAGACAGAUCGCUAAAUGGAUUCGUGAAAACAUGCCCAAUACACGGCACUGCUAUGACAUCUGGCAUGUUGCAAAAUCCAUCGGAAAGAAACUGAAGGCCAUCGCCAAGCAUAAGGACUGUGAAGACCUGAAGCCCUGGGUGCAAAGUAUAAUCAACCACCUCUACUGGGCAGCAGUGUCUACACCGCCUGGAGAGGGGGAACUUCUGGUUGCCAAGUGGAAGUCUGUGGAGCGACACAUUCAGAACAUCCACAAGGACCAUGGCGACCUCUUCCCAAUUUGUACUCAUGGACAACUGCAACGGCAAAAGAAAUGGCUCAAACAAAGUUCACGCUCAGCAGUGAAACUGGAGGAGGUGGUCAACAACAAGUCCCUGCUAAAAGAUAUCGCCAUGCUGUCGGGUGAACACCAGACUUCCAAGGUGGAGGCGUUCCAUAGCCUUAUCAUACAGUUCGCACCGAAAAUGUAUGUCUUCUCAUACAUCGGAAUGCUGUGCAGGAACCUGCUUGCUGGGCUGCACUGGAACGAAAAUUCGAGCCGCCCUAUAGCCACUACACAAGCGGGUGCUGAGCGCUAUGCAGUACGCUACCCGAAGUAUAAAGCAGGGGGCCAUGUGGUCAAGAAAAUCGCGACAGAGCCAACAUACCGCUACGUAGAUGACUUGAUCAGGGAGGUUGUUGCUGGCUGCAGACAGACCCCUGACGAGAGAACACCACUCAGCGUCACUGUGGAUGUGCCUCCCUUCCUCUGCGAUGAACUGGAGAAGCCAGACAAGGAGGAAGCCAUCGCCAAGCACAGGAGUCGCUUCGGUAAGUGUGAAAUGCCCUCCCGGUAACAGUUAGAGAUGCUACCUCAGUAGAAGCAUUUAAGUCCCAUCUUAAAACUCAUUUGUAUACUCUAGCCUUUAAAUAGACCCCCUUUUUAGACCAGUUGAUCUGCCGUUUCUUUUCUUUUCUCCUCUGCCCCCCCCCCCACGUGGAGGGGUUAUUCCGGUGACCAUGGAUAAAGUGCUGGCUGUCCAGAGUUGGGACCCGGGGUAUACCGCUCGCCUGUGCAUCGGUUGGGGACAUCUGCGCUGCUGACCCGUCUCCGCUCGGGGUGGCCUCCUGCUGGCUCCACUGGACCCUCACUAAUAUGUUAGACCCACUCGACAUCCAUUGCUUUCGGUCUCCCCUAGAGGGGGGGGGUUACCCACAUAUGCGGUCCUCUCCAAGGUUUCUCAUAGUCAUUCACAUCGACGUCCUACUGGGGUGAGUUUUCCUUGCCCGUGUGUGGGCUCUGUACCGAGGAUGUCGUUGUGGCUUGUACAGCCCUUUGAGACAUUUGUGAUUUAGUGCUAUAUAAAUAAACAUUGAUUGAUUGACUGAU